CUGUCACUGCUCUGAAUCGAAAGGAUAAUGGCUACUUCCUGAUUAAACCCACUCUCCACAAUAUGGAGUCUGGAGAAAGGUUACCAUCCUCAACAGCCUCCUCUACUACCCCAACUUCAGCUUCUACACCUUCUGUGGCUUCAGCAGUUUCAAAAGGCGGCCUUUCCACUGUAGCUGCUUCACUUAGCUCUACAAUCAACCCAUGUGGACAUUUAUUCAGAGCAGCUGGGGAUCAACCGUUUAACCUGUCCACAGUGUCGAGUGCCUUCCCAAUGGUCAGCCACCCAGUCUUUGGUCUACAUUCAGCCAGCUCAGGGCAUUCAGAAUUUGGUGGUUUGGGGACACUUGGUACACCCACAGCCUUAGCCGCACAUCCCCAACUAGCAUCUUUUCCAGGUGCAGAAUGGUGGCGAACAACAGAUGUUCAUACUCGUACAGGGGCAAGCUUCUUUCCACCGUUACUGGGAAUUCCACCACUGUUUGCCCCUCCAGGCCAGAAUCAUGAUUCUUCUUCAUUCCAUUCAAGGACUUCGGGAAAAAGUAAUCGAAAUGGUCCUGAAAAAGGUGUAAAUGGGUCAAUAAAUGGAAACAGUACAUCAUCUGUAAUUGGUAUCAACACAUCUGUACUAUCCACUACUGCUUCAAGUUCAAUGGGACAAACUAAAAGUACAAGUUCAGGUGGAGGAAAUCGAAAAUGUAAUCAGGAGCAAAGCAAAAACCAGCCUUUGGAUGCUAGAGCUGACAUAAUCAAAGAUAAAAAACCAAGGAAGAAAACUAUGGAAAGUUCUAGCAACAGUGAUAGUGAUUCAGGCACAUCAUCAGACACAUCAAGUGAAGGCAUUAGUAGUAGUGAUUCAGAUGAUCUAGAGGAAGAUGAAGAGGAGGAAGAAGAUCAAAGUAUUGAAGAAAGUGAAGAUGAUGAUUCUGACUCAGAGACUGAAGCACAACAUAAAAGUAACAACCAGGUGCUAUUACAUGGUAUUUCAGACCCAAAAACAGAUGUACAGAAAGCAACUGAAAAAGCCCAGGAAAAAAGAAUACACCAGCCAUUACCUCUUGUGUCUGAAUCCCAGACUCACUCAUCAUUCCAAUCCCAGCAGAAGCAGCCUCAGGUUUUGUCACAGCAGCUUCCAUUUAUUUUCCAAAGCUCUCAGGCAAAGGAGGAAUCUGUGAACAAACACACCAGUGUAAUACAGUCUACGGGAUUGGUGUCCAAUGUGAAACCUUUAUCUUUGGUAAAUCAAGCCAAAAAGGAAACUUAUAUGAAACUCAUGGUUCCUUCUCCUGAUGUACUUAAAGCAGGGAAUAAAAAUACCUCUGAAGAAUCUAGUCCUUUGACCAGUGAAUUACGAUCGAAUCGGGAACAAUAUAAACAGACAUUCCCAUCACAGUUAAAGAAACAUGAGUCAUCUAAGAGCCUGAAGAAGGUUAUUGCAGCUUUGUCAAAUCCAAAAGCAACUUCUAGUUUACCAGCACAUCCAAAACAAACAUUAGAAGACAACCACCCUAAUCCAUUCUUGACAAAUGCACUUUUAGGUAAUCACCAACCAAAUGGAGUUAUUCAAAGUGUCAUUCAAGAAACUCCUCUAGCACUUACUACCAAAACAAAAAUGCAGAGUAAGAUUAAUGAAAACAUUGCUACUGAAAGUAGCGCCUCUUUUCCCUCACCUGUGAAUUUGAGUACAGGAGGGAGAAGAACUCCUGGCAAUCAGACACCUGUAAUGCCCUCUGCCUCUCCCAUACUGCAUAGUCAAGGGAAGGAAAAAGCAAUUAGCAACAGUGCAAACACAGUAAAAACACAGCAACACUCCCAUCCUGCAAAAUCUUUAGUGGAACAAUUUAGAGGAACAGAUUCAGACAUUCCCAGUAGUAAAGAUUCUGAGGAUUCAAAUGAGGAUGAAGAAGAAGAUGAGGAGGAAGAUGAGGAAGACGAUGAAGAUGAUGAGUCUGACGACAGCCAAUCAGAAUCAGAUAGUAAUUCAGAAUCAGAUACAGAAGGAUCAGAAGAAGAAGAUGAUGAUGAUAAAGACCAAGAUGAAUCAGAUAGUGAUACUGAAGGAGAAAAAACUUCAAUGAAAAUGAGUAAAACAACAUCCUCUGUCACAAGCCCUUCCAUGAGUCUCACAGGUCACUCAACACCUCGUAACUUCCACAUAGCAAAAGCCCCAGGCUCUGCUCCUGCUGCUUUAUGUUCUGAAUCCCAGUCACCUGCUUUUCUUGGCACAUCUUCUUCCACACUUACUUCAAGUCCACACUCUGGCACUUCCAAAAGAAGAAGAGUAACUGAUGAACGUGAACUGCAUAUUCCUUUGGAAUAUGGCUGGCAGAGAGAAACAAGAAUAAGAAACUUUGGAGGGCGCCUUCAAGGAGAAGUAGCAUAUUAUGCUCCAUGUGGAAAGAAACUUAGGCAGUACCCUGAAGUAAUAAAGUAUCUCAGCAGAAAUGGAAUAAUGGAUAUCUCAAGGGACAAUUUCAGCUUCAGUGCAAAAAUAAGAGUGGGUGACUUCUAUGAAGCCAGAGAUGGACCGCAGGGAAUGCAGUGGUGUCUUCUGAAAGAAGAGGAUGUCAUUCCUCAUAUCAAGGCAAUGGAAGGUCGUAGAGGAAGACCACCUAAUCCAGACAGACAGCGAGCAAGGGAGGAAUCCAGGAUGAGACGUCGGAAGGGUCGACCUCCAAAUGUUGGCAGUGCUGAAUUCCUGGAUAACACAGAUGCCAAGUUGCUAAGAAAACUGCAAGCUCAAGAAAUAGCCAGGCAGGCAGCACAAAUAAAGCUUUUGAGAAAACUUCAAAAGCAGGAACAGGCACGGGUUGCCAAAGAAGCUAAAAAACAACAAGCAAUAAUGGCUGCUGAGGAGAAGCGAAAGCAAAAAGAACAGAUAAAGAUUAUGAAGCAACAGGAAAAAAUUAAAAGAAUACAGCAAAUCAGAAUGGAAAAAGAACUUCGAGCCCAGCAAAUUCUAGAGGCUAAAAAGAAAAAGAAGGAAGAAGCGGCAAAUGCCAAAUUAUUGGAGGCCGAGAAACGAAUAAAGGAAAAAGAAAUGAGAAGACAACAAGCUGUUCUCCUGAAGCAUCAGGAACGAGAGCGAAGGCGACAACAUAUGAUGCUUAUGAAAGCUAUGGAAGCUCGUAAAAAAGCAGAAAAACUGGACAAUGUUGCCGAAUUACCUGAAUUUGAAUUUUGA